GCUCACAAAAUAAUUCCCCGAACGUCAUUUACUGUUCACGAUCAGCCAUGGAGAAAAGCGGUGGAAGAGAGGUGCGACAACGUAGCAUUGGGACCGAAAAUAUCCCCAAUGUCGCCAAAAAUGGCCUCCAAAAUGGUCCCGAGACCAAAAAGGUACCAUCCCGCUACCUCUCGGAGGUUAUUUUCGGGUACAUUUUGGUCUACAUGGGGGUGCUUUUUCUGGUGGCGUUUUGGAGUUACCACCGACUGCCAGCGCCGAAGACCGUGGCUGGGCACGGAGGCACGGGGGAGUUUCUUGAGGAGCGCGCCCGGGCGCACGUCGCUGAAAUCACGAGCUUCGGACCUCGGCCUGGCGGAUCUAGAGCAAACGAGGUCUUUUGUGUCGAGUAUCUCAUGAAAGCACUCUCAGAAAUCAAGAAAAUGGCUGUACCAGGGGUUCAUGAAGUCGAUAUCGACAUUUCAUUCCCUGAGGGUUCAUAUACGAUGGACAUUUGGGGUGGUUUUUCGCCCUAUUACAAGAAGAUUACCAAUAUUGCGGCCCGUUUGAGUCCGGCCAAGGAAGUUGUGAGGCAGGGGGAAGGGGCUCACGAUCACAGCCUGCUGCUGAACGGUCACUUUGACACGGUGGAGGGAAGUCCUGGUGCCAGCGACGAUGCAGCUAGCUGCGGCAUCAUGUUAGAGAUCCUCCAGAACCUAGCCACCUCACCCUAUCCUCUUCGUCAUGACAUCAUCUUCCUGUUCAAUGGAGCAGAGGAGAACGUCUUACAAGCCAGUCAUGGCUUCAUCACUAAACAUCCCUGGAGGAAGAACAUCAAGGCUUUCAUCAAUCUUGAAGCAGCCGGUGCCGGAGGCAGGGAACUCGUCUUUCAGACAGGUCCCGACCAUCCGUGGCUAUUGAGGGCCUACUCCCAGCAUGCCGUGCAUCCCUUCGCUACCGUGAUUGGCCAGGAUGUCUUUCAGGCCGAGUUGAUCCCCUCCGAUACAGACUUUAGGAUCUUCAGGGACUUUGGGCAUAUCCCAGGUGUCGAUAUGGCUUAUGUGAGCAAUGGCUAUGUCUACCACACCAAGUACGAUAACCUGGACUCCAUACCUCCUGGCUGCAUACAGCGAGCUGGUGAUAACAUCCAGGCUCUGGCAACUCACCUGGCCAACUCCUCUACCUUACACGAAGGUAUAGAGGAAGAUCCCCAUGGUAGCAUGGUCUUCUUUGACUUGCUAGGUCUCAUCAUGGUGGCUUACCCUGCUAGGGUGGGCGUGAUACUCAACUCUGUGGUGGUUGGAGCUGUGUUUCUCAGCACGCUGUGCAGGCGCAGGAAAGAUUUUUCCAGUCACCCAGUCUACCUGUCCAACGUUCUCCGUGCCAUGGGUGUCAUCUUUGUGUCCUACCUCGCCGUCCUUGUCACCAUCGUCUUGGUCAUCCUUCUACUCACCAUCACCAAGUCUGAGAUGUCCUGGUACGCCAACCCGGCACUCAUCGCGGGCCUGUACUGGGCCCCUGGCUUCUAUGCCAUGCUUUUGGUGCAUCAAUGGCUGGGUGCCAAACUGCAUACAGUUGACACCAAGGCCAAUCCCUGGAUUCUGGAGGGUGUUUUCUUCGAUGCCAAUCUUCUGAUCUGGUCGGUUCUAGUUGCCGUUCUGACACUGAAGGGGAUUGGUUCAGCCUACAUGCCCAUGCUGAGUGUCUUGUUUGCAUUGGUGGGACGUAACGUGAUGUGGAAAGGCAUGAAAACGCUACAGGAGGGUACCAAGACAAUGCUUGUCCUGACUGCCUAUAUCUCCAUGACGGUCAUUCCCCUGACUCUGUGGCUGUAUCUCAUGCUUCUUGGCUAUGAGAUCUUCCUGCCCAUCAUGGGUCGGUCUGGUGCCCUGGUCACACCUGAACUGUUUGUGGGAUUCUUGACAUUUGUCGUGGUCAUCAUGUCCACCAACUUCUUGGUUUGUCUGAUCCAUACUUGCCGCAGCCUUAAGUACACCAAGGCGUUCCUGCUUCUAGUCUUCAUAGUGAGCCUGGCGGCCGUCAUCAGCAAAGUCGCGUUCCCGUACUCCGGUGACCCGGCCAAGCCUGCACCUAAGAGGAUUCUGCUGGAGCAUAUAUCCAGAUCCAAGCACGAUCAGUCUGGUGCCAUUGUGGACCACGACACUUAUGUGUCUGUUUUGCCAUUGGAUUACCUGGGUGUCAGACAUAUGGAGUCCUACAUCCCAGCGCUCAAAGACGCCCCAAUGGCAGAAUGCAGGAAGGACAUGCCUUACUGUGGCAAUCCCUAUUAUCUACCGCUGUUGCAUGUUUUCAGGAACCAGUGGAUCCUCCCAGGAGGUGAGCCACAGAUUGACGUGGAAACGACCUUCAAACUUAACUCUCGCCUGAAGAAAGCUGACCAUCAGAAUCUUACGUUCACCGUUUCAGGACCAAGCCACGUGAACUUGUUCAUCUCAUUGAGGGAAGGAGUAGAGAUGACCAAAUGGUCACUGAGCGAAGAGAAACCGCUGAAGACACAGGACGGCACAGGGGGCUGGGUCUACUUCGUCUGCUACGGGGGAGGGCAGCCUCAGGACCAUUGGCAGUUCUGGCUAGAUCUCAAGGUCCCAGGCAGUUUUGCUGAUACCGAUCCAAUAGUGGACGUCGGAGUUGCUGGGCUUCACUACACAGACUUCACACAGAGCCAAGAGAUCAAGGAUUUCUUACAGCAGGAGCCAGAUUGGGUGUAUACCAUCCCCUUCCUGGGAGUAUAUGAUACCUGGAUCUUCUGAGAUUAUUACUCACACAUCAGCUCACCAGAAGCUGUUUUCAUCUUGCUUUUCUAUAACCUAUGAUUUGUGUCACUUAAGAAGAAUAUAACCGUACAUUUCUUACUUCUCAAGUAGUUCUGUCUGCAUACUGCGAGACGGUUGCCCUCUUCAUGUAAGACAUGGUGAUGCCACCACAAAAAGCUGUAUGUAUUUUCCUCUGUUCAUUUUACCUGUUUUUUUCUGUGAUCUUGAGCAUCUAAGUUUGAAUGACAAGUACCAUGGGCAGGAGUUUGUCUCAUAGGAAGCCAUGCAUUUUGUAGAGUACUUGGCUUAUUAUCUUUGCUAAACAGGAAGGUCUUGCUUCGCAAAAAUAGAUUCCUUGUUCUCUUCUCAAGUUUGCUAAGGAUUGGGUAAUAUUUCCUUCUGGGCAUGCAGACUUUCUUAACACACCGGCUUUGUGGUAAGGUACAUGGUACCAGCAAAUAUAUACAUGUGAAUUGGUUUUUAAGUUAAAUUGUAUUAAGGAAUUUGAGAUGGAAUUGUGAGCAAAUGCUCAAGUUUUACAUAUCUUAUUAGUUGUGUGUAAAGUGUUCUUGUUUGCACUUGCAGGAUAAGUGCAAAGGAAUCACAGUACACUGUAAUAGCCUACAUCUAUGUGUACAUGUUUCACAGUAGCUUAAACUUCUCUGUUAAAUAUGCAUCAUUUUAAUACUGUUGACAAUUUCAUGUGUGCUCAUUAGCACAGCUGUAUUAUAAAGGACAUUGGGGAAAAGCAAUUUUUGGUUUGAUUGGUUGUGGUGGCUCUUGACAGGCUUCAAAGCUGAAAGAUCUGGUCAUGCUGGUAUCGUGAUAAUCAUUACUACGAUCUCUGCUGAGUCAAAAACGUGUUGUAAAUGGGUCCAUCACAAGUCCUUCACAAUUCAGCUCACAAUGCAUGAGCAAUGACAACAGGAUGCCUUGACUUAAGGAUGGAUGACUUGUGAUGGACUUAUGAGGACUUGUCAUGGACUCACAAUGCACCAAGUAACCCAACUGACUUUUCAAUCAACUAACCUCUUGCACAAUUAGCUUGUAGACAGGCUAAGGACAACUGUACUCGCACACACUCGUACAUGUGCAUAAUAAAUUAGAUUUGCUGUAGAUUUGCUUCAUGGAUUUCCAAAAAAAAAUAAAAAGUUUCCCAAACCAAUGAAAUAUUUCAAGAGGCUGAUAAUAGUAGAGGCCUGAGGAAGAUUCUAUUUUAUCUUUAAAUUCAGUAUAAAGUUAUAUGCGGAAGAAGUUUCUUAUGGGAGUAAUUGAAAAACAAAUUUAAAGUGUUGUUUUGGUUAGUAUGUUCCGUUUAGUAAGGUUUUCAGUGUUAGAUAUGUCUAUAUCUUCGACCAACAAUCUUCUUUCAAUGUCUUAAAGCUACAUUUUAUUUAUACUUUACAUUCUUGUUAUUGAAGAGUUUGAUUUAGUAAGAUACUUAGUUGUACAUGUAAUUUAUUUUACAUUUGGCUUUCGUAAUACUUAAGAUCAUUUUUUAUAUUUGCAUUCCAAAGGAACUCGGGGCAGAUCUAAAAAACUUGAUUUUUAAUUCAACACACGGAGGUCUAAGAUUCAUGAUUUUCUUAUUUAUGAAAAACGUAGAAAAUAGACGUGUGGUGCCCAUAAAAAGAACUAUUCACAGGUUCUUUUUCCAGACAUUUCUACAACUAUUAAUUUCCUCACCUGGUACAGUAAUUUCAAUCUGUGAUUUUGUCUGUGUUGAAACAUUAUCUUGUGUGUGAAAUUAUGUAUGAUUAUUUGUGUGUGUAUCAUUUAGUUUUGAUUAAAUCAUUGGUUUUAAUCUUUCAGUAAUUUUCAUGUUAGCUGAACUGAGAACUAUGCAUAAUGCUUCGAAAAAAAAGAAGAGAAAAACAAAUUGUUAUUAUGAAUUUCAUUGUGCUUGGUUUUUAAAAUUGGAAAAGUACAAUUUUUGUGAAACUCAUUGAAACCAAACACAUCAGCACAAAGAACAAGAAAUAUUGAUUCAGAUUUGUGAACACUUUUCCAGAUCAAAUCUGACUUGCAAUUUGUAAAUGAAAAUAAAUAUGUGUUACAUGUAGUUAAAAAAGGAAUUGAAGAAAAGAGGCUUAUGUCGGGUUCUGCAUGUUCUAAUUAGAAAGACGUUCUACAUGGAAAUAAUUGCUUGCCAAACUAGGUUACCAGCCAAACCGUCAUGCAAUGUAUAUUGUUUUUGUCUGGUUCUCCGUAAACUCGUGCUUAGCUUACGAUUUUGCUUAGCCAGGAAGUAAGGCAGAAUGCAUGCCAAACAUUUCCUUUACAUGUAUGUGCAAUUUCUGAAAAUGUUAAAUUGGAACAGUAAUAAUUGUAACAGAAUUUGUAUGCACACAUGCAUUUUUUAUCACAACUUUUUAUUAAAAAAGUUUUAUUCCGAAAUAUUAUCAGUAUUUGCGAUCAAAGUAGACAAAUGCAGUAAUGGAUUUUAAUGCCAAUUGAAUUACAACCAAAUAUUAAAAAUUCAUUUCUGAAAUGCAACGUUGCAUUUACUUUUAGACACAAAGAAUGUUUAAACCUUUUAAAGUGGGCAUUGACAUGUGUAUCAAAGGAUUUAAAUAUUUACUGCUUCUUGAUAACAAUUUGUAGUUUUUAAAAAUCAUCUUUAAGAUGCUGUGCUAGUAAAUUUUAGAACAAAAUCCUUCUACAUGUAUUAGUAAACGUAUCUUUUAUUUCGUAGAGGGGGCUUCCAAAAACCCUUUUCUUUCGUUGAGAGAUAUGAAUUUGUUUUAGUAUUUAAUUUUAUUACAUAAAUACUUUGUCCAGUUCUAUUUGUGGAUUUUAAUGAUUAUGUAUAAAAUGUAGAUGGUUUCGAGGCCAACAUGAUGAGUGUGCCAAACAUUCUAUGGGAAAAACCUGUAAGUACAAGUAGUGU